AUGAAGUCCGUUACUCUAAUAUUGUUGGCCGCCUUGGCCUUUGCCGCGGCCCAAGAUUUGUUGCCUCCCGGCUUUGCUGAGCUAUUGCCUGCUGAAUCCAAACGGAAACUGUUGGAACUUCAUUGGGACCGACAUCUGACCAUGGAACAGCGUGGUGUAGCUAUUCAGCAAGUCUUUGAUAAGUUGCCUCAGGACGUUCUGGCCAAACUGCCGCUUCCUCCAGGACUUGAGAGACUCCCGGAAGAAUACAAGAAGAAGUUCCGAGAACUUCGCAUGGACCGCUCCAUAACUGCCUCUGAGCGUGUGAGGAGAGUCAAGGAGAUGGUCAGCCAACUCCCUGAAGAGCUGCAGAAAGUUGUCAGAGCUCCAGCUGGAGCUGCAAAGGUUGAACCUGAAACCUUCCCCGACGAGCAAUAUGCCACUUUGUUUUAA